GUGACCCAGCCCUUUACACAUCGGCGACACGACCAUCCGGUUGUAGUUUGCAUCUGGACAGUACACGAACUCGCAGUUUUCCGUCGAACUGCGCUUAGCCUGUUUGGGAGAUACAUUCAAACGUAUCUGCCAUCAUGGGGAUCAAAUUUUUGGAAUUCGUAAAGCCUUUUUGUGCGGUGCUCCCUGAAAUCGCCAAACCAGAUAGAAAGAUUCAGUUCAGGGAAAAAGUGUUAUGGACUGCCAUCACUUUAUUCAUCUUUCUUGUGUGCUGUCAGAUCCCCCUGUUUGGAAUCAUGUCCUCAGAUUCAGCCGAUCCAUUUUACUGGAUGAGAGUAAUUCUUGCUUCAAACAGAGGUACCUUGAUGGAACUUGGUAUUUCACCCAUUGUGACUUCUGGAUUGAUCAUGCAGCUGUUAGCCGGAGCAAAAAUUAUUGAAGUUGGUGAUACUCCAAAAGACAGAGCUCUCUUUAAUGGCGCUCAGAAAUUGUUUGGAAUGGUGAUCACUGUGGGGCAAGCCAUUGUUUAUGUGAUGACAGGAAUGUACGGUGACCCUGCCGACAUUGGCAUGGGUGUCUGCAUGCUCAUCAUUAUUCAGCUGUUCGUAGCUGGAUUGAUAGUACUGCUGCUUGAUGAACUGCUCCAAAAAGGAUAUGGUUUAGGCUCUGGUAUCUCACUGUUUAUUGCCACAAACAUCUGUGAAACAAUUGUAUGGAAAGCUUUCAGUCCUGCCACUGUAAAUACUGGUAGAGGUACAGAAUUUGAAGGAGCUGUGAUUGCUUUGUGUCACCUACUGGCCACCAGAUCUGACAAAGUGCGUGCCCUCAGGGAAGCUGUCAACAGACAGAACCUGCCUAACUUGAUGAACCUCCUGGCUACAGUGUUUGUGUUUGGAGUUGUCAUUUACUUCCAGGGAUUCCGUGUGGACCUGCCAAUCAAAUCAGCUCGUUACCGUGGACAACAGAGUUCUUACCCAAUCAAAUUGUUCUACACAUCCAAUAUUCCUAUUAUUUUGCAGUCAGCCCUUGUAUCCAAUCUUUAUGUCAUCUCUCAGAUGUUGGCCACAAAAUUUAGCGGAAAUUUCUUUGUGAAUUUAUUGGGAGUAUGGGCUGAUGUUGGAGGUGGCGGCCCAGCCAGGUCCUACCCUGUUGGAGGUCUGUGUUAUUACUUGUCCCCACCGGAGACAUUUUCACACAUAGCAGAGGAUCCUAUACAUGCAGUAUUAUACAUCAUCUUUAUGUUGGGAUCCUGCGCAUUCUUCUCCAAGACGUGGAUUGAUGUAUCAGGAUCAAGUGCAAAAGAUGUUGCAAAACAGCUUAAAGAUCAACAGAUGGUCAUGAGAGGUCACAGAGACAAGUCCAUGAUUCAUGAGCUCAACCGAUACAUCCCGACAGCUGCUGCCUUUGGUGGUCUUUGUAUAGGAGCUCUGUCUGUUCUAGCCGAUUUCCUCGGAGCCAUUGGAAGUGGUACUGGAAUCCUGCUGGCUGUCACCAUUAUUUAUCAGUACUUUGAAAUUUUCGUAAAGGAGCAAAGUGAAAUGGGAGGAAUGAGCACAUUGUUGUUCUAAAAAAAUUAAUUGACAUUUAAUAAUAGACUCAUAAUGUAUAGAGUAUCUACAUGGUGAGCAUGUAGUGUGAAGCUGCCAUCACAAAUCUGUGGUGUCAAACUUAAUUAUCUGUGUCAAAAAGUAGAAUCAUGACGCCAUAUUUGAACAUUUCAUCCAGGAUGGCAGGAUGGUAAAUAUCUGGUACUUAAAUGAUCUGCGUUUAUUUAUACUGAAAAUGGUUUUGAAAAGUUAACCUGUUUGUAGCUUUAAAAACGUAUUGUUUCAGAAAAGUCAAAACACAGUUUAUAAAGGUUUAUAAUUAUGAAAUUAUAAGAAAAAAUAUAAAAGAAACUUAUUAUGGUUUGGCAGCUUAAUGAUGUAAAAACCAGUUUUGUGAUGAUCAUUUUCAUGUAUUUUUAAAAAGAAAAAAGGAAGUGUAAAUAUAAAAGACGUUAACAAUCACAUUUAUCUACAUUACUAAGAACCUCAAGAAAAUAUAGUAUUUCUGUUGAUUUUGAAAACAGAUUUAUAAACUAGUAGAUUUUUAACGCAACGUGAAUAAGUAGUCAUUUCAUAUUUAUAUAUUAUUCAUCAAGGACAACAUUGAACUUUCUCCUAUCUGCUCUGGGUUUUGGUCACUUGUGUUGAGAAUGUGAGGAUUGUAAGAGACUGUGAAAAUGCAGGUUGUUUUACCUUUAGACAUUCAACAUUAAAUGUCCUCUUGAUGUUGA